ACGACAAGCAGAGAGAAAGAGGAGAAGAGAAGAGAAGAAGCUUCGUUCAUGAAUUAAACCACAGUGUGUUUGUUGACAGAUAUCCUCGGUUGUAGGCCUGUUGUUUAGCAGUCAGUAUGGCGGUAGUCAUCAGGCUGCAAGGUCUGCCCAUAGUGGCCGGCACCAUGGACAUCAGACACUUCUUCUCUGGCCUCACCAUCCCUGACGGGGGAGUACACAUCGUGGGGGGUGAACAUGGCGAGGCCUUCAUUGUCUUUGCCACUGAUGAGGAUGCUCGGCUGGGAAUGAUGCGUACAGGCGGUGCCAUUAAGGGGUCUAAAGUGUCGUUAUUGCUCAGCAGCAAGACCGAAAUGCAGAACAUGAUUGAGUUGAGCCGCCGCAGGUUCGAGGCUGGGGCGGGCGCUGUGGAGGCGGCUGCACCUACAGCAGGAAAUGCCAAUCGGCAAGCUGGUGCUGCUCCUAUACCCACAGUGCAACCUGGAGCAGGGGGGAGAAGUAGUAGCCAUGGAAACCAGGGUUUCAGUAAUGUCCCGGUCUCAGUAACGGCACCAAGCUCAUCUCAGGAGUCAUCAAGCAACAAGGCAGUGGCCAGCCUGGCAAGCGUGGUGCCCAGCUUCCCCAACAGCUACAGCUCUGCCCCCACCAUCACCACAGCUCUGGCUUCGCUCAAUGCAGGCCCCCCACCUAUGCCUCCACUUCCCAGUAUGCCUUCUAUGCCCCCUAUGCCCACGCUGCCCACCAUUCCAGUUCCUCCUCCAGUAUCCUCCCUCCCCCCUGUCCCUACUGUCUCCCCUCUUUCCCAAGGACCUCCAGUGCCACCUAUGUCCCACCUCCCUCACAUGUCCUCCCUUCCUCCCUUCAACCCCUCCCUACCUCCCCCUGCAGGACUCGGCUCAGGCCUCCCCCUUGGAACCCCUAACCCAAUGCUAUUCAACCCUCUUUCCCCUCUGGCCUCUCUUGGCCUCCAGGCCCAUAUGAAGGCUGCUGCUGCUGCAGCCACCGGAGUGGCCAGUCCAGAUGAAAUGUUUAUCCUCUUACAGAACCUCCCGUUCUCCUGCUCCGAGGUAGAGGUAAGGGACUUUUUCCGGGGUCUGGGGGUGGAAGGGAUUCGUUUGCUGAGAGAUGGGCAAGGUCGGCCAACUGGCAGGGCUAUGGUAAAAUUCUUCUCGCCCCAGGACAGCUUUGAAGCUGUGAAGCGGGGAGGUGGCAUGAUGGGUCAAAGGUUUAUUGAGAUUACCCCAGGCUCAGAGAGACAAUGGGCCAGCCUCAAUCACAGCAUGAUGGGCCAAGCCCCUCACAGUAUCGGAAAAUCAAUGAACAGCCAUGAGUCACAGGACCAGCAGCUCCGCCGUGGUAAUGUUGGGCCUGGAGGCCGAGAACAACGGGGAAGGUCACGAUCUCCUCAUCGGCAGGAGUUCUGUGUCUACCUGAAGGGCCUUCCCUACGAGGCUGACAAGAAACAGAUUAAGGAGUUCUUUAAGAAUUUGGCCAUUGUUGAGGACAGCAUCUACAUUGCCUAUGGGCCUAAUGGGCGGGCCACAGGAGAGGGCUUUCUUGAGUUCAAAUCAGAACAGGACUACAAGACUGCUCUGGGUGCUCACAUGCAGUAUAUGGGCACCCGCUUCAUCCAGGUCCACCCAAUCAGCCGCAAGGGAAUGCUCGAAAAGAUUGACAUGAUCCGCAAACGUGAAGCAGCACAGGGUGAAGGCAAGAAUCAGGAUGGCUUGAAAGCUCCAAGAAACUGUGCUCACAUCACCAACAUCCCUUACAACGUCUCCAAGAAGGAUGUCCGUGCUUUCCUGGAGGGGAUUGGGCUUUAUGAGGAUACUCUAAAGGUUCUGACAGAUAGCCACGGCAACGGUUUAGGGCAAGCUAUCUUUCAGCUGCGGACUGAAGAAGAUGCCCGAAAAGCUGAAAGACUGCACCGCCAGAAACUCAAUGGCCGUGAUGCCUUUGUUCACUUGGUGACCUUUGAGCAGAUGAAGGAAAUUGAGAGGAAUCCUCCUCCUCAAAACAAAAGAGGGCAGCGAAAUCAGAACCAGAACCAGCAGAACCAAAAUCAGAACCAGCACCAGCAAGCACAGCCGAGUCCCCAGCAACCCCAGAUCAACCCAUUUGCUGGAAUAAGUGGGGAAGAGUUUAACUUUCUCAGAAACACCAUGGGGAACCUCAACAGUGCUCCCUUUGUGACUCCAUUCUCUGCCCCAGGGAACGGACUGGCAGGCCCCCCUCCUCUCCCUCCUCUGGCAGCAGGACUGGGGGAUGUGAAUCUGGGCGUAGCUCCUCCACUUGUUGCUGGUCUGCCUGGGGCUCCAAUCCUGGAGCCACCUGGCUUUCGACCUGGAACUGCAGCAGGACCUCCAUUCAGCCAAGAUGGGCUGAGAGGCUUGGUGCCCUUUGAGAAUGCCAACAGAAAAAUAGGUGGAGGAGGACCAAACAGGGGUGGAGGGGCUAACAACAACCAAGGACGUCCGGGGGGUGGGGCUGCUGGUGGACAGCCUGUGUUCUCUCCAGGACCUGAUGGCCUCCGUAACCAGCCGGCUCCUGGAGGUGCCAACAAUCCCAACGGUCAACGUGGUGCUGCUGGCCCAACAAUUGUAAAACUUCAGAACAUGCCCUUUACUGUAACUGUGGACGAGAUCAUGGACUUCUUCUAUGGCUACCAGGUGCUGCCAGGCUCAGUCUGCCUGCAGUUCAGUGAGAAAGGCCUGCCAACUGGCGAGGCCAUGGUGGCCUUCCAAAACCACGAGGAGGCUGCUGCUGCUGUCAUGGACCUAAAUGACCGACCUAUUGGAGCACGUAAGGUCAAAAUUUGCCUGGGUUAAAGCCCCACCCAAAACAGACUGAUAUUGACUGUUGAUAACAGAUGUUACACCUACCUGGAUCAACCACCCAGGUGAAACAAAGCCAACUCAAACUGUAUCUGUUCAAGGACCCAAACCCCACUGUAAGCGGCCCAGUUUAGACCUUACCUUGUCCACUUGCUCUCAGUCAUUACUGAAGCGCCUCCCUCUCUGUGUAGAUAAUGGCAGGUAAGCUCCGCCCCCUGCACUUUGACCUUUAAAAAGAAUCUGAUCCAGACUUUUUGCUCUUUGCUGCAGCUCCUCCAGUGACUUUGAUAGCACAAAAUAAUGAUGAUGAUGAUGAUGAUGAUGAUGACAUUGGCAUGAUGUUGGUCCUUUCUUACUGUGUUUCCGUAAAAAUGCAGCUUUUUUGUCCAGUCAUGUCUAGAGCUGGGACAUGUUGAACAUACUCACCUGUUUUGUUGCUAUGGUAACAUGAUUACAGUGAAGCUGACAAAUAUAUAUGCGCUCAAAUAUGCUGUGCUGCUGGGGUUUAAAAUUUACAUGCUCUGUUGCUAUGGUAUUAUCCUUACAUGCUUUGUUGCUAUGACAAAAAGACGAUGAUGAUGAUGAAAAUUCCCAGUAUGUUGCCAUGAUAAAAUGUUUUUUGUCUUGCUAUGGUAAAAUCUUUAUAUGUUCUGUUGCUAUAUUAGAAUCUUUACAUGCUUUAUUGCUAUGAUAACCUCUCUACAUGCCCUGUUGCUAUGGUAAAACAUGCUGUAGAUGAAAAGCUUUUCUACCCACAGUGAAACUCUGGUGCUCUGUUGCUAUUCUCUUCACAUUCUCUGUUUCUAUAGCAACAUUAUGAUAAAAGCUAUGUUGCCAUUAUCAAAUGUUUAUGCUCUGUUGCUUUGGUGAAAUGUUGACAUGCCCCUUUUCUAUGGUAAAAAUAUACUGACAUCCAGCUUUGUUGCCACUGUGAAAGGUCGACACUCUGUUGGCAGUCAUAAAAUGAUGACUUAUUUCCGUUACUAUAGUAACCUCUUGACAGCUGUGCUCUGUUGCUAUGAAGAUGAUGUUGGAUGGACAGAUUGCUGACAUGUUUUACUCUGUAAAUUAUGACUUUGGGCUGCUGAAUUCCUUUUCUCUGUCACAUUUUUCUGAUGUUGCUGUGUUUGGACAAUGCCACCCUCCCAACUCCUCCUCCCCACUGCACAAGUAGGUGUUUGGACUGUAGAGCGCUGAGAUGAAGUCUGUAGCAUUUUUAGUUUGGUAGCUUUUUAUUAUAUGUGUUUGAUAAUGUUCUGGAUGUUUUCACCUUAAACAUAAUUUUUGUUUCUAUUGUCUGUGUGAACAAACCUGUAUGAUGGUAUAACCAUACAUGAUGUGGAGUCUCCUUUGCUUUUGGCUAAUAAAAAAAAAUGUUCCUGAAGCACAUCUGCUCACCUGAGAUCA